AUGCCUGCGAAGAUCCCAGCAACGACACAAUCAUACUACUUCCCGACCCGAGGGUCAUACACCAACCUCGUCUUGCGCACCGUACCUCUGCCGCCCCCCAAGUCCAAGCAUGUCCUGGUGAAAAUCCAUGCCGUGUCUCUGCAGUACCGUGACCUAAUGGUAGCCAUGGACCAGUACCCCACAGCUGACUUGAUAGACGAUCUUGUCCCGUGCUCAGAUAUGGCGGGGGAGGUGGUGGCGGUCGGUGAGGAGGUGAAGCGCUGGAAGGUCGGUGAUAGAGUCUGCGCUAGUGGUGCAAUAGAUUUUUUGGAUGGGGAUGUUGAUGAAAAUACGAUGCGUAUGGCGCUUGGCGGCCAGCAGCAUGGGGUAUUGACUGAGUAUAGGGAUUUCCCGGAUCAUUGUUUGGUUGGGAUACCGGAACAUCUGUCUUAUGAGGAGGCGUCGACGAUUCCUUGCGCUGCUUUGACGGCGUAUAAUGCGCUCAUGGGCCCCAGAUCAGUCAAAGCAGGCGAUACGGUCCUCAUCCUUGGAACUGGCGGCGUAUCCAUCUUCGGAUUGCAAUUCGCCGUCGCCUCCGGUGCAACAGUCAUAGCAACAUCUUCCUCCGACGCCAAGCUGGCGGUCACUAAGAAACUAGGCGCCGCACAUACGAUCAACUACAACACCACGCCGGACUGGGACAAGGAAGUCCUGAGGCUGAUGGGUGGGAGGGGCGUUGAUCAUGUUCUUGAGGUUGGGGGACCAGGAACUCUGCUGAAAUCAAUGUCGGCCGUACGCUACGCGGGGUACGUCCAUAUGAUUGGAUUCAUGUCGCACGACACCGCAGGGCUGGGGAUGGUGAACGUCAUUGUGAUGUGUAUCCAGAAAGGUAUCACUCUGCGGGGGAUUCUUGCAGGGUCUGUUGUGCAGCUAGAGGCGAUAGUCCGUCUCUUGCGUGCUCGUCCCGAGUCGACGCGUCCAGUUAUUGACAAAGUGUUCUCGUUCGAGGAGGCUGUAGAUGCGUAUGCGUAUUUGGAGAGUCAGAAGCAUGUGGGGAAGGUUGUUAUUUGGGUUGGGAAUGCUGAGUAG